AUGACGCGGAUUUGUCGUCGCCGUUAUCCUUCCAGACGCCUACCGAUCCUCUUGUUGGCACUGGUCGUUCAUUGUGCCCAAGUAUUGUGCCAAGCGUCGAAUAUCCUUGAUGGCCAGGCGUCCGUCUGCGAAUUCAAGACUAUCAACUACAUUACCCAUACACUACCGCAACAGUGUUUAAAAACAAGCUGGCCGGGCCAGAAGGGACCUAAUGAAAGUGUACAUCCCAAUAUCGAUGAUCCGCGGGCCUCACCUGACGACUCUACAAAUCCCUUUGGUGGUCACCACAAUGCGCCUGGACCAAGCCCUUCAACAACCGGUCUCUCCACAGAUGCGACGGACGACAAUGACCCCACACCGAGACCGUUCAUGUCAUUUGAGGACUGGAAAGAAAUGAUGUUGCGCAAGGCCGGACAAGACCCCUCGGAUCUCAAGUCUCGAAAGUCACUAGAUCGUACGAUCGAAGCCGAAAGGGUCGCAAGGAGCUCAGGUCUAGACAGUAUUGGGGAUGAUGGAGAGAUUGAUCUGAACUUCGACGUCGUGUCAGAAAAAAUCAGCAACAUCGCAUCUGCUCCCCAGGCAACGCCGACAGAAAUUGCAGCGUCCGAGCUACAGCAAGAACCAGUGCUCUAUGACGACGGUCGGACUCAAUACUACCGAAGCAAGGAUGCAGGAAAGACCUGCAAAGAAAGGUUCUCUUAUUCCUCCUUCGACGCUGGCGCGACAGUGCUGAAAACCAACAAAGGGGCAAAGAAUGCAAAAGCCAUACUCGUUGAGAACAAGGACUCGUAUAUGCUGCUGGAGUGCUCAGCCGAGAACAAAUUUGUCAUUGUUGAGCUCAGUGACGAUAUUCUGGUUGACACGGUUGUACUGGCCAAUUUCGAAUUCUUUUCAAGCAUGAUACGGCACUUCCGGGUCAGCGUAAGCGACAGGUAUCCUGUCAAAGUCGACAAGUGGAAAGACCUGGGCACCUUUGAGGCGAAGAACUCUCGUGACAUUCAACCUUUCCUUGUUCAGAACCCCUUGAUCUGGGCAAAGUAUGUCAGGAUCGAGUUUCUGACUCACUACGGCAACGAAUUCUACUGCCCGGUCUCCCUUCUUCGUGUCCAUGGCACGCGGAUGUUGGAAUCAUGGAAGGACCAAGAGACGCCUGCUGAGGAUGAAGAUGUGGAUGAGCCAGCGACUGAGGUAAUUGGACCUGCGCAAGAUAACACCAUUGGCGACACUGUUGAAAGGCAAGAUAACACAACGACAUCGCCUCGCGGUGGGGCAGCAAUAGAGGUGGAACCCGCCGUUUCGGUAGAUCCGCUGAUGCCUAUACAUAUAUUCCGUCUUUCCGGGGAUGAAAACGCCACCUGUUUGUCAUCGGCUGCCUCCACCUACAUAUCAAACGGAAGCUCAGCGAGCGCAGGAUCGCUAAGCAAGACGCAGGGCGACUCGGAUCAUGCCACAAUUCAGAUCAGAUCUGGUAUGGAAAGGCUCUUCGACCAGAUUCCCGAGGAAGAGUUUUCUGCCUCGACGACUGAUGGUCGCCACACUGAAGGAAACACAGUGCCGUUACCUGUCACGUCUGGUUCUUCGGCCACAUCUCAAAGUAGCGUUAAUUUGGAUAUGAAGGCUGGGGGGGCGAGUGAGAACUCCAACGGUGGUGCAUCUGCCACAAGAGUACCUUCGCAAGCCACCACACAGGCUCGGAACAAGAACAACUCAACCGCGGCACCGGCAUCUCCCACUGUUCAAGAAAGCUUCUUCAAGGCAGUCAGCAAGCGUCUUCAAUAUCUCGAGUCCAACGUGUCAUUGUCACUCAAGUACAUCGAGGAACAGUCUCGGUCUCUGCAAGCUACUCAACUGUUGGCCGAGAGAAAACAACUGUCCAGGAUAGACCUUUUCCUAGACAGCCUUAAUCAUACUGUGCUUUCAGAACUGCGGACCGUUCGUCAACAGUACGAUCAAAUCUGGCAGUCCACCGUCAUCGCGCUGGAGAGCCAGCGGGAGCAGUCACAAAGGGAGACGGUGGCUCUUAGCUCUCGGCUUAACAUUCUCGCCGACGAGGUUGUAUUUCAGAAGCGAAUGGCAAUUGUACAGGCGAUUCUACUCCUGUCCUGUCUUAUACUUGUCAUAUUCUCUCGAGCCAUGACUCAGCCCAUCCUGACAGGCUCCUUUGACUUGGGACGAUCGCCGAGUCGCAACAACCGGCUGCCUAGUUCUUCCCUAGAUCGUGGCCUUGGAGGUGCGUACAUCCCUCGUUAUGACAAGUUUGGGCGGCCGUUAGACAACGACCAUACUGGUGAAGUCGAACUAUCCGACAGGAAUCCGGAUAUGCAUCGGCCAAUACCAGAAGCAUCGACCCGGCUUCUCACGCCGGCAUCAGAGGCUCGGUACAGCCACCGCCCAGAUACGGCCAUGACACCGGAGCUACUCCCGGUCGAAGAGUUCAUGGAGAGUGACCCCGACAGUAGCUACCGCGAGUCUUCGCCCGAUUCUGAUAUUCGCUCUCCUGCGGACGAGACAUUUGAAGUGAAUAACUCCGGGCAGACUGAUCAUGAGUACCCAUCGGAGACUCAAGGUCAAACGACAGCGGCCUUGGCAGAUUCUGUUUCUAUGUAUACCCGUGGCUCCCUUUCUUCUACGCUCCGCAAACCACUCCCGGCGUUACCUGAGUAUCCACACUGA